GGCGGGGUCAACACAAGGAGCGGGUGAUUCGCGGAAGUCGAAAGUACAUUUCACUGAAAUUUUGAGAAAAGUGAAAGCGAAGAGAUCAUGGACAAGCUAUUUGGGCAUAUUGAUGCAAACCAGAAGAAGUAUGUGCAACGACUGUCUGAUGUCGUUGCCAUUCAGAGUGUUUCUGCGUUGCCCGAGAAGUGGCCAGAAAUCCGACGUAUGGUUGAAUGGACACAGACGGAGUUGAAAAAGCUUGGUGCUACAUGUGAGUUGGCCGACCUCGGUGAGAUGACCCAACCUGAUGGUCGUAAGCUGUCUCUGCCUCCUGUGCUGAUCGGACAACUUGGAAAUGACCCGAAGAAGAAGACAAUCCUCAUAUAUGGUCAUCUAGAUGUUCAGCCUGCUGACAUUGAUGAUGGCUGGGACACUGACCCGUUUGUUCUCACAGAGAAAGAUGGCAAGUUUUAUGGACGAGGCGCCACGGAUGACAAGGGACCAAUUCUUGCCUGGAUCAACUGUAUUGAAGCAAUGCAAGAAUUAAAAAUGGACAUUCCAGUGAACAUAAAGUUCUGUUUUGAAGGAAUGGAAGAAUCGGGGUCAGAGGGAUUAGACGAGCUUGUCAUGUCAAAGAAAGAUACAUUCCUGAAGGGGACGGAUUACGUCUGUAUUUCUGAUAACUACUGGCUUGGUAAGAAAAAGCCAUGCAUCACGUAUGGUCUGAGGGGAAUCUGCUACUUCUUCCUGGAAGUGGAGUGUGCCUCCAAGGAUCUUCAUUCUGGGGUCUUCGGUGGAACAGUCCAUGAAGCGAUGGUGGACCUUGUGGCCCUGCUCGGUACCCUGGUGACAAACAAGGGAAAGAUUCUUAUUCCUGGAAUCAAUGAGUUGGUUGCGAAAGUGACUGAAGAAGAAAAGAAACUGUAUGAACCGAUCGACUUUGAUCAUGAAGACUAUCGAAAAGAUAUCGGAGCCAAAAAACUGAUCCACGAUACUAAAGAACUAUGCUUGAUGCAUCGUUGGAGAUUUCCAUCACUCUCCAUCCAUGGAAUUGAGGGGGCAUUUAGUAGCACUGGUGCCAAAACAGUGAUCCCCAAAAAGGUUAUUGGAAAGUUCUCCAUACGGCUUGUGCCAGAUCUUCAGCCUGACCAAGUGGAGAAGUUGGUGCGAGCACACGUUGAGAAAGUCCACAAAGACAGUGGAAGUCCAAACACUGUCAAAUUAACAAUGGGUCAUGGUGGAAAGUACUGGCUCAGUGAUCCCAACCACCCACAUUACGUCGCAGGUAAAAAGGCCAUGAAAAAAGUAUUUGGUGUGGAGCCAGACAUGACCAGAGAGGGUGGAAGCAUCCCAGUGACCUUGACCUUUCAGGAGGCUACAGGCAAGAAUGUCAUGUUGCUUCCUAUUGGUGCUUGUGAUGAUGGUGCUCAUUCGCAGAAUGAAAAGAUUGAUCGGUCAAACUACAUCAGUGGGAUCAAAGUUCUUGGUGCAUAUAUGGAUGAGGUGUCAAAGCUUUAGUGAAGAACGAGAAUGAUGUGAUCCAGAGGCUGUUCAUACAUUAUUAUUAUAGAACUCUUUAGUCAGAAACACUUAAAUUUAAACAGUUUUCAGUAAUCUUAUGAAAACUGUUUUCAAUAUUAAAACAAUUAGAAUAAAAUUAUUUUAUAAUUUC